AACACGUAAAAUCAACGGAGCGUAUUACAAAUAGCCUAACGUUCACGACGUCAAAAAACAAAACAAAAAAAUAAGGGAGAGAAACAAUAUAUGCUUGAUAAUUGUGGCCGUCAUUGUGAAAGGUGGAUGCUAUACAUCGUUAUUAGUGAUAUAGUGUAUUAAAUAUAUAUAUAUGAGAUUAAAGUGUGACUAGGAUUCUUGCAAAUUCAAACAGAAUGAAAGGGAUUUAUAUUCUUUUCGUGCUUGUUGUAGUUGCAGUAAACAUAAAUCCUGCAAGAUCACAAGGUGGUAGACCAGUAGGACUCCCACAAGCUUCUACAAAGAAAGGCUUUCGGCCACGUGGCGCUCCACCAGUAACAAGAUUUUCAUAUUCAGCCACUGGAAGCACAAAUACACGCACAAAAACUAAAAAAGGUUCUCGGCCAAGAUGGAAUACAAACUUUGCAAAUAACGCUUUUCAGGACAAUGCUAGGCCUCGGCAACCUAUCCCUAAACCACCGCCGUCGCCAUCUAUGAACAAUGAAAAUGCUUAUCAAUGGGGUAAAUCAGUUUCGAACAACCCAAUGCCAGAUAUGUAUUUCAAUCCGUCAAAACACCCACCGGUCUUAACACGUGAUGGUGGGGUACCUGAGGGUCCUAAAGGAGGAAGAAACGCCCCAAGAAGUCGACCAUUGAAACCAAAACCACGAAAACAAGUUGCUACACAACCGCCACCUACAAACCCCCCUACAACGCCUCUUCCAACACCGGCUCCAACACAACCCCCGACACACCCACCAACACAACCCCCGACACAGCCUCCAACACAACCCCCGACACAACCCCCGACACGGCCACCAACACAACCCCCGACACGGCCACCAACACAACCUCCGACACAGCCUCCAACACAACCACAAGCUCCAGUUGCAUAUAAACAACCAGUAGUGGCUCAAACACAACAGUACAUUUCAAAUCAAGGUCAGUCGAAUUUUCAAAUCCAACAGAAAUCAUUUGGAAACAUAGCAUCUGGGCGCCAACCUGCUCCGCCAAAGAAGCCAUCCAUUCCACCACCUCCACCUCCUGUCGAUUAUAAUGUAAAUGUAGGAUCAAAAUCAACGCAGUCGUCUUCAAAGAAGAUGACAGUCAAUGUAUUUUCAUCAUUGGUGAAUGCGCCAGGAGUAAGUAAUUCGGAAAAUAAUGGAAAUAAAAACAAUGCAGGCGUUGGGCUGGUACCUGCAGUUCCUGAAAAUAACAGAAACCAGCCUGGUAAAAUGACUUCACAACAAUCGUUUAAGCAAACCAAAGCGCCUACUGUAUCCAGUGUGCCAACUGCUGCGAGUGAAUUAGCAGCGGCUGAAGGUCUCAUAGUAAGUGCUAAUAAUAAGGAAAAUAGCCAGACAUCAUCACGUGCACAGAGCAAGAUAGGGAAAAUUGAUAACUCUAAUGGUAACUGGCAGUCAAGAGCUCGAGUUUUUGUAGGCAGCAGCAAUACAUUCCAAGCACCAAAAACUUCAACUAAUAAUAACAAUAGAAAUUACAAUAGAAAUAAUAAUAGAAAUAACAAUAGAAAUAACAAUAGGGCAGUUAAUGUAAUCCGACAAACUGAUAUUGGUUUACCUUCAGUUGGAAGUACAUCAAGAUCACAAAGCACAUCUUUUACAAGCAGUAUGUCAAGCUCUAGCACUAAUGACGGUUCUUCGACACUAGGUCAAACAAAGAGAUAUCCUGAACCAUUUAACCCGCCAAAAUCUUCAGUAUCUACACAGGAACAAUUGUUUUCAAAUAAUCAACAAGGUUCCGUAUCUAGAGCUGCUCAGGAAUCUGCAAACACAGGUUUAUCAACAGACACAAACAACCAAAACCAACGUGCCAGUUCAGGACUUUCCGCAGCAAAGCAAUAUACGGCUGCACUUUUCAGACAGCUUAUGGCUAUGACAAACAAAGCCAGAAAUAAUAAUCAGCAAAACGCCAUGCCAGUUGCUAUGCGCCAAAAAGCAGAGCCACAAGUAACAGAUGCUAUUGCUCUUAACGCUUUAAAGAAACCUUCAAAUACAAAUUCAAGAGAUAUAAACCAAUAUUCCAAUAUAAACGACAACAAACACGCACUGGGUUCAAUAGCACAGUCAAAUAAUAAUGACAGGAACACUAUGAAUACACGAAACACAAUAAAAGAACCAGUAAAUCGAUUGGAUGCUGUAAAUACACCAAAGAACACUAGAAAUUCAAACCAAGAAACAACAAUAAGAGGCAGUCUUGAACAUUUUGAAACUGGAUUUACAAACACCAAUAAACAGCAAUUCAUGUCUCAAAAUAGCGCGCAAAGUUCAAGACAGAUUGGUUUAACGAGUGUCCAAAAUAAUAAUGGACAAUUUGAAAAUGCAGCCAGAAAAAGAAAUUCCAACCAGGAAACAGCAAUAACAGGCAGUCGUGAACAUUUUGAAAAAACUGGAUUAACAAACACCAAUGCACAACAAUUGAUGUCUCAAAAUAGCGCGCAAAGUUCAAGACAGAUUGGUUUAACGAGUGUCCCAAAUAAUAAUGAACAAUUUGGAAAUGCAGCCACAACAAGAAAUGCAAACCAGGAAACAACAAGAAGAGGCAGUCGUGAACAUUUUGAAAAACAACUGGAUUAA